AUGCGUCGGUCUGCCCGGCAGGACGCCUCUGAGCUUGGCCAAGAGCAUGAACUAAGAUCUAAUACUGACGUUUAUCACACCGAUCAGCCGGCGGAUGGGCCCGGUGUCAGUCUAGCCUUCCCUGAAGGUGGACGAGAGGCAUGGAUGUGCCUUUUGGGAUCCUAUUUGAUAAUGUUCCCAUCAUUUGGCUUUGAAACAGCAGUUGGCACUGUUCAGGACUACAUCAGCGAGCACCAGCUUGCCGAAUAUAGCGUCCGCGAUGUUGGCUGGAUCACCGCACUUUUCGUGUUUCUAACUCUAUUUCUUGGAGUUCAGGUCGGACCACUGUUCGAUCGAUACGGGCCUCGAAUCUUAUUAACAUGCGGAUCCGCAGCCAGCUUCACUUCCUAUAUGCUACUAGCUGAGUGUACAAAAUACUGGCACUUCGUCCUGUGUCUUUCCAUUCUCGGAGGUAUAGCUUCAGCCAUUGUUACAACGGUCUCAAUUUCAGUCCUGAGCCACUGGUUCCACCGCCGACGCGCCCUAGCAUCAGGCAUUUGUAUGGGCGGAUCAUCAGCGGGAGGCGCUAUCAUCCCACUACUUCUACGGACCCUGUUCUCGAAAUAUGGCUGGACGUGGUCUAUCCGAGUUAUCGCCUUUCUAGCACUAGGAUGCUAUACAGCAGGAAUCAUCCUAGUCAAAGGCCGCCUACCAACUGGCAGCAGCAGUAAAGUGACAAUCGACUCCCGGGCCUUCCGGUCCCCUCGGCUUUUUUUCUUAACUGUGGCGGUCUUCUCUUUCGAAUUCAUCAUCUUCGGCUGCGCGGCACUAUUACCAACAUACGUCCGAUUCGCUGGCUUCUCAGUAGACGUACAAUUCUACUCGCUCACAGUCCUGAACAGUAUGAGCUUACUGGGAAGAGUCCUUCCCGGAUUUGCGGCUGACCAAAUCGGGCGUUUCAACAUCCUGCUCUGCCUCGUCGUGAUCACGUUAAUAAUAAUGGCAACAGUCUGGCUGCCUUUUGGCUCUCAUGAUGAGAAGACCCUAUAUAGCGUGGUGGCUAUCUUUGGAUUUGGCUCUGGAGGUUGGAUCUCCCUUGCUCCUGUAUGUGCUGGCCAGCUCUGUAGGACUGAAGAGUAUGGACGGUUCUACGGUACCCUGUAUUCUGUGGCUUCGUUCGGAGUUUUACUCACUGUUCCCGUCGGAGGUGACUUGCUGCAAUCAACCACACCUCAGAUUCUCAUUGGGUUUUAUUCAGCGGUGCUCUUGGUUGGGCUUAUUGGUCUAAUAUUGUCUCGAUGGGCUCUGCUGGACUGGAAGUGGAAGUGGAAGGUUAAGGUGUAA